CCAACAACGACCACCAGCAAGGAUGCUCCGGCACCAACCAGCACCACUCCUCCCCCUCAAGACAACAAGUGCAAUGCUCAGCCAGUUGGAGCUGGACCGCAGGUCCAGCCCGACACCGCGGAAGCGUUCGUUGCCUAUCCAGCAUUCAGCCAGGCUGCCAACAGCGCUGUCACCCCGAGUGGAUACAACUUGAAGUUCCAGAACCUCAAGGCUGCUUACCAGGGAAACAACUACCUCACCUACAAGGAUCUCACCUCCUACUCUCCAUCUGAGUGCGGCGCUUUCUGUGACAGCACCAAGGGCUGCUACAGCUUCGACAUCUACUUCGAGCGCACUCCGUCUCUCGCACCGGGACCCAACUGCCCCAACCCAUCAUCCACCUCUACCAUCCGCUGCGCCCUCCACGGCUCUUCCAUCGACGCCAAGGGCGCUACAAACGACGGACAAUACAGGGAAUCCUUCCACGUGGUCAUCGCCGGUUCAAAUGGCUACAGCAAACCCGGCGCUCCCGUCGACGUCCCCAACUGCAAGCCACCAACCUCAGUCCCAGGUGGUCCAUCCGACCAGUGCAGUCCAUGGAACAUCCCCGGCGGCGACCACUACUUCCCAGGCCCAUACGUGCCCGACCUCUGCCGCAUCCUCGCCGAGAUCCAGACGAAGAAGAACAAGGCGUACGCCAUUGCUCAGGGCUACAAGAGCUACUCUCCAUGCAACUCGUUCAACGUAUUUGAGGUCUGGCAGGACUCCGUCAUGGUGGGCACUUACUGCAAGCUGUUUACCGAGAAGUUGCAGUCGGAUUGGUUCAGCUACAAGGGUGGAAACGCUCUUGGCCACCUCUUUGAGGUCAAGAAUGCUUUCUCGUAUGAGUUUAGC